AUGGACGCGUUCUAUGCCUACACUUAUAGCACGGCAGCAUGGUUGGCGAUCCAAGCAGUGCUCUUGAUUGUACUGCCGAAAUUGGUCAUCACCAUGUUGGCAAAAGAUCUCCACCAGAUAUCUGAUAUCGAGAUUUACUUAAGUCGAUCACUGGGAUUUGCCCUCGUCUUGAUCGCUCUAAUUAUCAUGUUCUUCACGGGAUCCAUCCCACUGUCGGCGAGUAUCAGCGAACCGGUCAGUUUGGAGGACAAUGAUCCCAAAGCACCGUAUGCCGUUCCCAUCUUGCGAAUUACGACUUUCUUCAACAGCCUGAACAUGAUUUACUGCUACAUGCGCUAUGUCAAUUAUGAGCAGACGGCGUAUAUGCUUGGAGCGGUGGGGUACGGAGCCAUGGCCAGCCUAGGGCUGUGGUGUGUGGUGUUUGGGACGGCGGCUGGGAGGCUGUCGAAGAGGACAGGAGCAGAUAAGCGAACUUCGGGAUUUCCAUUCAAGAAUUCGAGCGCAUAUGACUGGAAGAAGGAUCGGAAGGUGGGAUGA